AUGAACAUCUUUGGGCUAAAUGGGCAUGCUUCACCACACAAUCCUGACAUCGGGUGGGCCGGCAUUGAUGUUCCUGAAUAUUCAAAGCCAUAUCUGAACACCCUUUCAGCUUUGCGGGAUGUGGUCCGCCGGCUUGCAAAGUCAAAAGCCCAUAUCACGUCUCAAACUCUCGGUAGUAUUAUAAAUACUAUCGGCUCAAGCGCGGACCUGGGGCAUUCCAUGUUAGAUCUAGCACUCCCAUACGUGGAGGUUCUGAGGAAAUUCAAAGACCAAAUUGCAUCCCUGAACAUAGGUACAACUGAAGUAGACCCAAACCAACUUUUGAGGUAUUGUGAUCGCAUUAGAGACGUAGAUGUUUUUGACCUCGGUAUCUACCUCGAGGAUCAGGACAGUGGCUGUGCCAUAAUACGUCCAGUCACAAGUGACCUCAUUAAGACUAAUUAA